AUGGCCGGAGGUAUUUCAGUUCGCGAUGUUGAUGCGCAAAAGUUCAUUGAGGCAUACUCUGCUUUCUUGAAGAGACAGGGAAAGCUUCCAAUUCCAGGUUGGGUUGAUACCGUCAAGACCGGCCCAGCAAAGGAGCUCCCUCCCCAAUCUAUCGAUUGGUUCUACGUUCGUGCUGCCUCGAUCGCUCGUCACGUCUACCUCAGAAAAACCGUCGGUGUUGGACGUCUCCGCAAAGUUCACGGCUCCACCCGCAACCGUGGAUCCCGCCCAUCUCACCACGUCGAUGCCAGCGGAAGCGUAGACCGUAAGGUUAUGCAAGCUCUUGAGAAGAUUGGUGUCUUGGAGCAGGAUGAGGACAAGGGAGGUCGUCGUAUCACACAGAGCGGACAGCGUGAUUUGGACCGUAUUGCACAGACCACCGUCGAGGCUGAGGAGAGCGAGGAUGAGGAUGAGUAA